AUGCAAAAUGAAAUCAUCGUGCCCGGCGUUCGACGACUAUACCCAAGCUUUGGUGUUGCAGCUAGAACUAUUAUCUUGGAAGAGGGCAUUCGCGGAUUCUGGCUGCCUGGCUUGACACCAGCUAUACUAAGAGAAAUGUCGUAUAGCUCGAUGAGGUUUGGACUUUACUCUCCUGUGAAGGACACAUUAGCUACUGCACUGUCAAUACCAAAGGGCAGUGAACCCUUCGUAUUGAAGCUCCUUGCUGGCGUAUGCACAGGUGCUAUCGGUAGCAGUCUUGCCAAUCCCACAGAUCUAGUCAAAAUACGCUUCCAAUCUGAAGCCGGGCGCAUACAGAAUGGAGUAUAUGUGACUGGCCUAUAUAGAGGGAUACAAGCUACUGCUAUACGAGCUGCGUUAUUGACUGGAGGUCAAAUGAGCAGUUAUGACGAAUCAAAAGGUCAAAACCCAACCUCGGCUUUGUCUGCAGUCUUAUUGAAACAGUAUGGCAUAUUAAAAGAAGGAGUUCCACUUCACGUCGCUUCAUCCUUAAUUGCCGGACUGGUAGCUACGACCGUCUGUGCACCGGCUGAUGUUGUCAAGACGAGACUGCUAUCUCAGUCAUCUACUCACGGCCUAGAGCACAAAGGAGCUCCUCCCAUAUAUAAAGGCUUUAUGGACUGCUUCAGUCAAAUUCUGACCAAAGAAGGUCCCAGUAAAUUAUUUAGAGGAUGGGUACCUUCGUAUCUACGUCUGGAGUCUCAACCAUUCUACGCUGUGCCGGUUGCUUCAUAUCAUGGUGCUGGUGCAAGUCGCUUUGGUGCUUUUCAGGAUUAUCUGACGGUUGACUUUGGAGGGGUACAUGUGAAUAUGAAUGAUAAUGCCGUAACUGCCAAUGAUGGUGGUGAGGCCAAAUCACAUACUAGUGCUGAUAUUGCGACAACUCCUGGUAGUGAUUCAAAUGGAAGUUAUGAUAAUGACUUAUUGAAUGGUCAUUCGCAUAGAGUACGGCUUCUGAAGAUACCGCUGGUGCAGAUCUGA